AUGGCUCCUCGUAGGACCCACUACAAAUCCAAGCGAGGUUGCUCGGAGUGCAAGCGCCGACACAUCAAGAUCGUGCCGACGAGGGCUCAAUGCACACAGACAGCAAUCCAAUCUCCUGGCGGCGACACACACUCGGCUCCAGUCAUUAGUGGCAGCCCUCACACAAUUCCUGGCUCACCACUGCCACCCUUAAGCCAAUGCCCAGCUGACUCCAUGGUCAACAUGGACCAUCUGGAACUAUUCCAUCACUUCUACACAAACACAUGUAAGACCGUGGUCCGCACGGAGGCUCAAAUUGAGUUGUACCGCAAUGUCGCCAUCACUUAUGGAAUCGCCCAUCCUUUCCUUAUGCACGAGAUCCUGGCCUUCUCUGCCAUUCAUAUAAGCAUCCUCCGUCCCCAACGCCGAGAGUACUACCACUCACUAGCGACAUCUCUCCAGUCGAAAGCCCUGACCGACUUCAACGAGAUUCUGUCACGUGUCGAUGCCGGUACCUGCAUGCCGGUCCUGUUAUUCUCUCACCUGAUCGGACUCCAAUCUUUCCACGACAUCUUUAAUCUUCUCAAGGAUGAUUUCAAUACCUUUAUGGACGGCCUGGUCGGCUGCGUCAGGCUACUUCGAGGGGUCAACUUGGUGACACAGACGUGGAGGGACAUUCUAAUUCAGUCCGAGCUGGGCCCCAUCAUGAGAGAAGCCGAUCAGGCGCAUGAUGGCGAGAAACUCUCCCGAAGUGAAUGCUCUCCACUGCGGGAUCUGAUCAACGCUGCAGACCUGACCUCGUCAUCCAAGGAAGUUUGCAAGGAAGCACUGAACAAACUGCAAGAAUGCUUUGAUGUUGAAAACGCAUUUCCCGGGGAUCUACUCUCCACGACCAAUGUCAUAUUCGCUUGGUUCGUCACCGCAUCUUCGCAGUACACUGAACUGAUGGAUCAGCGACGGCCCGAGGCUUUGAUCUUACUCGCUUACUACGCUGUACUACUCCACCGACGCCGCAAGUCGUGGGUGGUCGGCGACGCAGGCCAGCACCUCCUCAAGUCCAUCACCACGCACCUUGGCAGGCGCUGGGAAACUUGGUUAACCUGGCCACAGAAUGCCAUCACGUUUGGCACAAGUUCAAAUACUCCAAUCUCGGCCAGUUAG